AUUUUUUUUUUGUAUUUUUGGGGUCAAAGACUCCACUCACACACAGCGCACUCAGUUUCUCUCGCACGAAUACAACGAUUGCUAGCGUUCCCCUCUUCUCGGGGACCCAGUAGUCGCCGUCGCAGCCUCCGUUGGCCGUCAGAAAAGAAAGCCUCACUCGCCCCCCAGUUUCUCUCUCAAACGAAAAGGGAUUUAGGUCAGGGUUCCUUUCCUUUCUUCUCGCGCCGUACCGCUCCCCCAGUGGCCGCCGUCGCAGCCUUCACCGUUGAUAUAGUAGCUCUCUAACGCUGUCGUCGCAGAUUCUAGUGGUUCUCUUUCUCUAUCGCCGUUGCAGAAUGGAAAGCAGGGAAGGCAAAUCAAUUUCUGACUUGUACGAAGAAAUUUGUCACAAAUUCAGAGAUUUCAUGACAGAGAUUACAAAGAUUGAUGAGUUGGGCAUUGCUGGAAGCAGGCUGCUGUCUGGCUUUCAACAAGCACUUGAUUUUAUUAGGAGGCCUCCUAUAGAUACGAAUUCUAAAUUAGUUCACAAGAUAAUUGUAGCUAAUGAAACUGAGAGAGUUAAAGCCUAUAUUAAUUCUGGAUGUAGGAAGCUCAAUGAAAGUAUCCAGAGUGUAACUAACUUGCACUCGGACACACAUGGACUCUGUAACCAUAUAAGCAAAGUUAAGGAAAUACUUAAUGAACUUGAAGGUCUAUUGGGGGAUGUAACAAAUGCUAUUCAGACUACAGAUGGAAAUUUAUUAGCCCUCUCUGAUCUGGAUUUUAAUGUUGAAUUGAAUGAGCAGGUAGCCGAUGAUGAUUUGGAGGAAAAGGAUGCUUUGUCCCAUUCUCAAAGUCCUGAUGUUACAAUUACCAAGAAAAAGAAAAGUGCUGAUGUUGCAUAUUUAGCGAUGCUAAUGGCUUUCAUAUACAGCAUGGUCAACCAAGACUAUUUGAUGCAGGAAAAGAUCGUUUCUGCUUUAGAUAUCAAGAUGCCAUCAGAAGAAUUAGAAAGCUACUGCCAAAUGUGGUCUUUGCGCCCCUUCAUAAAUGAUGAGAUCAUGCAUCAAGCUUGGGAACAUAUUCACUGAACUGUAUUUUGUUUCUUAUUAUAAAGAAUCAGUUACUAUUAGGCUGGAUAAAAUUAUAAUGCUAUAGAAGCACCAUUGUUUUUCUAAAAUUUCACUUUAUUUUGUCAUUGAUCCUUCUCCCCCUUCCCCAUUUUUGCUAACAAAAAAGUGAAUCAUUUGAUUUAAUGUUAAUUGAAGUUUCAGCUUUUUA